UCCUGGUGUUGGUGAGCCGCUGCCGGCUCACUUCAUCACCGCCUCCUAUCCGAGCAGCCCGGUCCUCCUUCUCCUCUCGUGUGCCAACUUUAAUUGUAUUUAAAUUGGUGUUUUUUUGUUUUUUUUCUUCAACUUGCCAACAUUUUUAAACCGCCCAGCCUCGCCUGUGACGGAGAGGGAAGGACCCGGGUCUGAGGGCGAAGAGGGAAGUUAAAACCCCCAAACAAGAACAAGCAGCAACCUCCCAGUGCUGCCGCUCCGCUGGACGCGAGGACCGCACAUUUCAACCAACACCUCGUGCUGCUUUACACACCCGGAUCUUUUUUUUUUAUUUUUUUAUAUAUUUUUUCCUAGGGAGCGAUCGUCGACUUGAGUGAAGUUUUUUGGUUGUUUCCCUGGCCGGCAGCAUGACUCGGAGGUCCUGUGCCAUCUACGCCACCGGGAUCGUCAGCGCCAACCUGCUGAUCAUCGGCAUCGCCCUGGUGGUGGCUCAGGUCUUCCAGACGAUGAUCCACAGCCGGCUGAAGCAGGAAAUUACUUUGUCGGAGAAUAGUCGAGUUUUUGAGGGGUGGAAGAACCCCCCCCCGCCCGUUUACAUGGAGUAUUACUUCUUCAACGUGACCAAUCCAGAGGAGUUUCUGAAAGGCGCGAGGGCGUCCGUUAAGCAGAUCGGCCCUUACACUUACAGGGAGUACAGGCCACGGGAAAACGUCACCUUCCUGGAAAACGGCACCAAGGUCUACGCCCUGAACCCGAAAACCUUCGUCUUCGUGCCGGAGAAGUCUGCCGGGAACCCUGAAGUCGACACUAUCAGGACCAUCAACAUCCCAUUCGUGGCAGUGAUGAACGAGCUGAACUCCUACUCCUUCCUCAUACGACCCGUCGUCUCCAUGUACAUGCGAUCGCUGGGCGUGAGGUUGUUCCUGACGCGCACCGUCCACGAGUUCCUGUGGGGCUUCAAAGACCCUCUCCUCACCAAGCUGCACAGCCUGAAGCCAGAGGUGGACGAAUACUUUGGGCUGAUGUGGAAGAAAAACGGCACCCACGAGGGAGAGUUUGUGUUCCACACCGGCGAGCAGAACUACCUGGAUUAUGGGAAGAUCGACACGUGGAACGGGCUGAGGAAAAUGUCCUGGUGGUCUUCCAAUGAGAGCAACAUGAUCAACGGGACGGACGGCGCCGUCUUCCACCCGCUGAUCAACAGGAACGAGCUGCUGUACAUCUUCGCCGCCGAUCUCUGCAGGUCCAUCCACCUGGGCUACGUGAAGGACGUGGAGGUGAAAGGGAUCCAGGCCUUUCGCUUCGCCCCCCCCGCCGACGUGCUCAUGAGCCCCAAGGACAACCCCACCAACGAGGGCUUCUGUGUGCCGCGCGGGGACUGCCUCGGCACCGGGGUGCUGAAAGUCAGCGUGUGUCGAGAAGGUGCUCCCAUCGUGGUUUCGUUCCCACACUUUUACCAAGCGGACCCCAAGUACAUCAACGCCAUCGAGGGGCUCAGCCCCAACAAGGAGGAGCACGAGACGUACCUGGACCUGCAGCCGACGACGGGCGUUCCCAUCCGUGCCUGUAAGAGGGCUCAGCUCAAUGUCAUCCUGAAGAGAGUCACGGGCUUCCCGGAAACCAGAUUCCUCAACGAGACCAUUUUCCCCAUCAUGUUCGUAAAUGAGACGGCGACCAUCGACGAUGACUCGGCAGCACAGAUGAGGACGAUGCUCCUAAUCGUGACAGCCGUGUCCAACUUCCCCUUAAUCAUUGUGGGGAUGGGCAUCAUCCUGCUGCUGGUGCUCAUCGUCUUGUUCUGCCGAAACCGCCAGAAGAAGAAUGAAGUAAAACGUAUUGAUUUUACUGAAGCUUUUCAUUCUUUUGCUACGGCAAAAGAGGACACGGCGUACACUCAGGUCAGCGACAAGGCCGACGAGUCGCCGGACGCGCCGGCCAGCCAGCCGGCCAGCCAGCCGCAGAGGAACGGUUCCUACAUCGCCAUGUCUCCAGUGGAGGCCCAGAAGUGUUGAUCGAGGCCCCCCCCUCCCUCCCUCCCUCCCUCCAUCCCUCCAUCCCUCCCUCCCCAGGCGUGGAGCUCAGAAAGGGGGCUGAGGGACCAGUACAACAAAGACGUGCUCCUCUAGGCCGGGCCCUGUCCUGACUCUUCCGUCCUCCUCGACUCUACUUGCUGAGCAUGACCCUUACUGCCUGCAGUUCUGCAACACCGCCCACUUCCCCCCACAGCUCUCCCCCCACCCAGUCCUCGUUUCCGUCCCGGUCGGCCCUGAAUAUGAAGGGACUCUGAGCGGGCCUGACCGGGACCAGCCUUUUUUUCGCAUAGUUACUCCCCCCGAGGGAACCCGGUAGAGUAGACGUGGGAGCUGCACGCAGACGCGGGGUCCCCGGAGCCCCAGCAGCUCAAACAGGGCGUAGUAUCAACCAACGGCGGGGGCCGUUACAGACGUAGCGACUUCUCUCCCCAAGGUUGCGUGGGAAAGAAAAAAAACUUUUGAGCCUUCAGAUUAAAAAAAGCCACUGUUAAGUGGACGUUUCGGGGCGAAACUCUGAGUUACUGGGCCCAGAUGAUUGAAUGAUUUUGCUAACAAAACUGAUCGUGAUAUAUUUUGUUUAAAAAAAAACACAAAAAAAAAAAACAGACUGAGCCAAACUAUAGUAUAUUGCCUUUUAUCCUAAGAUGAAAUACUGCAACCCAACACACACGCACAUAUAUAUAUGCAUAUAUAUACACACACACACACCGCACUUCCUGUCCGUUAGUGAAUCUGUGCACACGUAGUUCACACCUCAGCGUCCGCUUUUUCCUCGGACGACUGUCUCUUUCUAAUGCAGCCACUGUCAUAUUAAUCCUGAAUUAUUAAUUGAAUUUGGUCCCUUUUUUUCUUCUUUUGCUUUCCUUCGUGCUUUUUUUUCUUCUUUCUUUUUUUAAAAUCUUAAAAGAGAAAAAAAGUUGUUUAAAAGUCAAAAUAUCUCAGCUGCAUCUCCACGAUGUCCUUGAAAAAGGCGAUGGCUCGUUCAGCGGGGAGGUCUGUUAGAAACCUGCAACUUCAGACUUUGUCACGCGUCGAAAACGACAAAAAAAAAAGGAAGAACAAACACCCUCAGAACUUAAAGGGAGACUUGAACCUGCUUUCUGCCUUACAGGGGUUUCGUGUGUUUCGUCGUGUUUGUAUAAGCUGGAAAUCUUUUCUCGUACAUACUGUAUGUAAAAGGGGAACUGUUGACAUACCUCUGACCAAAUGGGGCGGGCAGUCCCAGGUGUGCCAACGGACACUAACGUCGCUCCAGUGUUUGACGCUCCUGCACAUCUACACUGUUACUUACUAGAGAAAGCACAAUUUGGAUUGAUGAAACCAGUCCUCACACAAGACUACCAGUCUUUUUCUCUUUUUUUUUUUUUUUGUGCUGUUUGAAUUUACAGCUAAUCUGUUUUUCUUUUUCUAUUUUUUUUUUUUUUUUUUUUUUUUUUUUUUUAUUAAAAACAAAACACUUUGAAGUGCCGUGCCUGGGAAAGAGCGGGAGCCCAUCGCACCUGUGCAGUCUUUCAGUUUGCCAAGGAGCUGCAGGUAUUCAGACGCGCUCGGCACGCGUUAAACGUGUGUGUUUUUGUGCUACAAAACCUUCUGUCCGCCACAUUUGUCUCGUCACAUAUCAGACCGAUGGGGAGGGGGGGGGUUCAUUUUAAGACCAGAAAACUGUCGACUUGGAAAAUUCCCUGCGCUUUUCCUGGAAAUCGUGCCCAGUGUGUUUUUUCGUUCGUCUUUUUUUGUAAAUUGUUUCGUCCUGCUUGUUUUUCAAUAUGAGUGGUCCGCAUUUUGAGUCCAUUUCAGUGGUUCGUUAGUUGGGGCUAGUGUUGCUUGGGAAGGAUGUUGCGAGAGCGACAUCCACGCCUCUUGUGUCACCUGCUUUUCCAGCACAUGGAGCAUCUUUUUUUGAUAUACUUUUGUAUAAUGUUAUUGCUGCUAAAAAAAAAACUAAGAAGAAGAAGAGAAAAAAAAAAUGCCAUAGCCUAUGAAUUUGUUUGUGGAUGUGGUGUUUGCCAUGACGUGCUCGGUUUCAGGUUCACCCACUAAGGGCUUUAUUCAAGCCUUAAGUCUCGAAGGCUUUUCUGUGUUUUCAGCCUUUAACACCUGAGCAGAUACACGCAGAUUCAUGCCAUUUAUUGCAAUUAGCAGUUACAGUUGCGGCGAUUGUAAGAUCGUCGCUCCGACACCAGGUGUGUCUCGGUCAGGUGAUCUGAACACAUGGUGCGUACCGUUGAGGUGUUUUAUUGUGGGGUAAAUAAUGGGUCAAAUCAUUUCAGAAACAAGUGAGAGAGAUGUUUUUUUUUUGCACAGUUCUGAGGAAUCCUUUUAAGAUUAAUCUAUUUGCUUUGUGGUGGGGAGGAGGACACAGCCCUUUCCAUUGACAGUGGACCUUUGGAGAAACAAAACUACUUUGGCCCUGAUCAAAAAAAAAAAAAGGAUGCAGACAUCAGUGAAGCUGUCAAGUUAAUAUCUGACAUCUUCAUUGUUUGUGAGGUAAAAAAAAAUCACGGCAACGCGUCAAGAAUUCAUUUAGCACAACAAAAUUGUUUUUAUGACUCCUUUUUUAUCAAGAUAAGUAAAUUCUUUUUUUUAAGCUGGUAGAUUUCUCCUUUUGUGCUGGAGAAAAAGUAAAACUCAUCCUUACUCGUAUUAUUCAUAUUAUCAUCGAACUCUGAACCACAAAGCAUAUAUUUGCUCUCGAUUGGUCCACCAGUAUCGAACGCUUCCUCUUUAGUCCGAUGGCCUCACUAAAAGCCUUGGCGUUUGCCCACCGCGCCUGUGACCGCCACCUUGUGUAAACUCAGUUCAUAGCCUCUCGCCUUUUUCUUUCUUGGAAUAUCUCAACUUUAACCUAAAAGACCUUUUUUUUUUUUUAGAUAAGAAGCAUUGCGUGUGUGGGACCUUGUUCAAACAUGCACACCUGAGCCAUCGCUCCUCUCCAAUCCACUACGCUGACCUUUAAACCCAGUCCUUGAAGCCCAUUGGCUCGUUGAUGCUUUACCAAAGAUAAGCCGCAUGGAUCAGUCCGGGCGCCGUAUUUACUCUCUGAUAACAGCUGUGCCACAAACCCACCGCCUACCUUCUGAAAAGAAUCGAUCACAAAUCGCGCCACCACUUGUGUGAGGUGUGUGCGACGGUGUAAGUGUGCCUUUUACAUCGAGGCCAACCACAGAAAGAAAAGACAAUUGAAGGGUAUUGCUUGUAUUCCCACCUUGUGCAAAGCAAACGAAGGUAAUCAGUUCUCUAUUGAGACUGAAUGACUGAAUCCUCAGUAUUAUAUAAGACAAAGCAAUACGGAGUUUGGUUUGGAAAAAAAGAAUCAAUGUGGAUGUUUUAUAAGGAGCCAAGUUUUUUUUUUUUUUUCUAAGUUCCUGUAAAUCGUUAGCUUCACUCCUGUAGGAUAAUUUUUCCUUGUUUCUGUAUUGUGAUUUUUUUUUUUUUUUUUUUUUAUGUAUGAUACAGCUUCACUACAUGAUCAUUUCAAUGUCUAUCAUUUCAAUUUUUUUUUUUUUUUUUUUUGUCCACACUGAAAAUACAUAAAAGUGUAAAAGAUGGACCAGUUUGUGACGCUGGCGACAGUGCUGUACAGAGUCUUAAAAAGUGUUUGUGAGUGGUUCAAGUUUUCUGCCGGCUGUGUUUGAGUGUGAGAUCUUGUGUUUUUAUGGAGCGACGCAGCAUUCCUGCCAAACUGGAAUGAUUCACUGGAAGGCUGAUUAUCUUUACUGGUAAAGUGAAACACAUUUAGAUGAAUGAAGCCCUCCUUCAGGGAUGAGCACUAGUGCCAUACCAUCCUUAUUUUUUUUUUUGUUAAAAAUCUUUUGUUCUUUAUAACAACCACACCUCCCCCUUUUUGAUAUUCUAACAGACAUUUCAUUUGAGAUGUACUAAUUUGUUUUGCUGCUGAAAAUGACAAUCCCCCCCUUGUCAUGUUAGGUGCAAAAUUAUUUCAAAGUAAUACCCAUUUUUAGUUUUGAUAAUUUACACUGCACAGAUGUUUAUACCGUGCUUUUGUAAACAUUUCUAGUGUAUUUGCAAAAAAUCUUUAAAAAAAAAAUAAAUAAAAGUUGCAGUUACGUGCAAAGCUCA